UACGGUUAAGUCAGACGUGUAUCUAUCAGGACAUUUCCUCUUCUAACAGCUGCAACAUGAAUCAUUCCUAUGAGCCGUCGCUUGUUUUUCUGAGACAAUAGACUCAUGCAUUGUAAACAGGAUGUCAACCAACUUGGCGUUAUACUUAGAAAAUCUUCAAAAAGACCCCGGGAUGGAUAGUGAAACAGGGAUAAUGUCUAUCGACCAGGGAGGAGAGUGGGACAUUAGCCUGUUUGAUGAGCUCGACUACAUGGGAGAUGCAGAAGAGCUGCUUCAGGCCCUGGAGCAUGGCAGCUAUGCCAAUGAGGGUUCAGACCUGGACUUUGACAUCGACAUACUGCCGUGGAAGGAAGUUGACGGGAGCAGCUGCACAGAUGGUGAGGUGAGCGUGGACUCUCUGUCACCUGCUCACACUCUGAGCUCCGCCCCCUCCCCUGGCUCUGUGGAGGCCCUGUCCCCAUACUUCCUACAAGACGAGGCUCUAUCUCCACAAUCUCAGCUCUCUCCUGUUUCCUUCUGCUCAGAGUCCAGCAGCUAUUCUGUAAACUCUCCUCCAGCUAAGAAAGCUCCGAAGAGGAACAGCCAGACGGCGCGAGCCAGACAAGCUCAGCCAAUCAAGAGGCCGAUUCAGAUUGGCCCAAAGGUUUCUAUCCAGCCGAAGCCCCUGAUUACAGCUGUGCCCCUCGCUCAUGCUGCCCCCCUGCAGACAAAGACAAUCAUCAUCCAGCCCCUGCAAACCACUGUGCUGCCUGUCAUCAAACAAGCUCCGAUCUGCAUCCAACCAGCGCCCCCUCCAGGACGUCCCAUAGUGCUAUCUCAGCCAACCCAGGUGCUUCAGAUCCAGACAGCAGGGGCCAUCACCGCCAAUGUGGUCGCCAUGCCAACGCUCACCCAGGACAGGCCCUUCCCCCUCGCUGCUCCUCCGUCGGUCUCACUCACGCUUCGCUCCCCUUCCUCAGAUGAUGAUUCAAAGAUCUCCCAGAGGCAGCAGCGCAUGAUAAAGAACCGCGAGUCGGCGUCCAUGUCUCGGAAAAAGAAGAAAGACUAUCUGCUCACGCUGGAAGGUCGCCUGAAAUUUGCGCUGUAUGAGAAUGAGUCGCUCAAGAGUGAGAAUGGCAAUCUGAAGAGGCAGCUGGAGGGCAUACUGAGUGAGAACACGGUCCUGAAGGUAACGGCGCCCAAGAGGAGAGCCGUGUGUCUCAUGGCGGUGUUGGUGUUCGUCAUGCUUAAUGUGGGACCAAUGAGUCUGUUCCAGGGUGGCCCUGGCUCAAAGCUCAGAGAUGUGUCCCUGCAGCAAGGCGGCAGACACCUGUUGGCUUUCUCCUCGGAGGCAGAAACUGAGGCUGGGAUGGACCCCGAUUCUCUCGGCCCUGGCCCCUCUGAGACGGGCGACAGCUCUGAGGAUAAAUCCCUGAUGGUGGUGAAGGACCCCAUCCUCCUCAGACCCCCUGCCCCCUGCCAGCCCCCUGUUAACAGGACCAAGUGCUUAGAGCUGGCCCAUGAGUUGCGGGGCUGGGUCCACCGUCAUGAAGUGCAGCAGACCAAAUCCAGGCGCAUGAGUAACGGCAAUCACAAACCCACAAGGACCUUUCUGAAAACAGAGAAUAAGGAGGAUGCCCAGACUUUGACCGUCCGAUACACAGAUACUCCCGAGGAAAAGAACCCUGGCAACGAGCUGCAGGUUUACUACGCUCCUCAUCACACAUACAGCGACUUCUUCGACGAGCUGAACCGUCGCGGCGACACUUUCUACGUGGUGUCUUUCCGCAGGGAUCAUCUCCUUCUUCCUGCCACCAGCCACAACAAAGGAAGUCGACCGAAGAUGUCAGUGGUGUUGCCAGCCAUGAACAUAAAUGACAGCAUCAUAAGGGACAAAGACUACGAGGUGAUGAUGCAGAUCGACUGUGAGGUGACGGACACGAGGAUCAUCCACAUCAGGUCGUCCAGCAUCCCGCCUCUGCUCCGGGUGAAUCGCACCGAGACGUUUUACCAACACUCUCCGACUGACAGCCAGGCCCCGCCUCCUGUCAAUGUGCUAAUGGGGUCUGCUUAAGACCAACAACAGCACCUGUUAUUAUAUAUAACUCACCAACAAAACCCAUGAGGACAAACAGAAGAUGGGGCUUCAGUUAACACUCUUUUUGUGUGAUACAUUUUUUUUUUAAACUCCCGCUGACUAGAGGUUUUUUAUUUAGAUUCUAAUGCAACACAAAGGUAGCUCAAGUGGUCAGGACUAGUCCACUGUACUCUUUAUCCGGGCAAAUAUCCGGAGGUAAUCUAUAAUAGGGUCUGCUUGCUCCUUGUGUGGCAUCUCUGACUUCUCCCUGUAACUCCAGAUGCCCCACAUAAGGGUAAUUGCUUAGCGACAGGGGGCCGAGCAUUGAACCCUGAGUCACCCCGUCAUAACACAAAUACUUGUGCAGCUCUCCUCGUGUCCACUCUUUCUUUUUUAGUUGUUAAUUUUGGGAACAAGCCACUAAGCCAGAGGAGAACACUGAAAAAUGAGUUCUGGGAUGGUCUCUGCAAGAGAUGCCAGAUUAAUUACAGGCAGCAACCUCAGGAAGUCAGGUGAUCUGUGAAAGCUAGCAGGCUGUCACUAUGUUGUUGGCUGGUUUCCAUUGGUUUAAGGAUUUCAGGCGCUUUGUUUUUAAGCAUUGUAUGAUGAAGAAUUUAGUUUUUUUUGCACUGUGCUUCUCUUAUAUUAAUAACAGAUUCAGCUACUUUACAUAUUUAUUUCUAUUAUGACAGUUAUACCAACUUCUGUACUGUGAUACAAUUCACUAAUUUCUGCUGUCAAAAGUCUUCUGUAAAGACUUGAUCUUAUUUUGUCUGAUUGUGCUUUUGUGAAAUGUGUAUUCAAAUUGACCACACAAAUCUAAAUGAGUGUACAUACAUUUAUAAAAUGGUGGAUGGGAAAGAAACGUUUUCAUUAGAACUAGGAGAUUUUUUACUUGGUGGACAUCUUGAGAUAUUCAUUACAUUUAUGACCCCUGCCCCUUUUUAUAUGAAUAUAGUCUAUGCCUUAAAAGUUGAGCUAAAUGUUUGACAUUUAACUUAUUUUGAGUCCAGACGUUUCCGUCCACGGGCUGAAUUGCACUUUUAUUAUGUGCACUUAGGCCUGAAAGCGCAAGUUAUUUUGCAUGAUGGAGUUUUAUUAUCAGAUUCGUUGUAAAGGUUGGCACUAAAAAUGCACAAACUUGUAAGAUAAGAAUAUAAGGUCUGGCUUCAAAGGCCUCAUAUUAAUGUUUCUUUAAAAUUGAUAUUGAAAAACAAAUGAUACAUCAUCAGAAUAAGAACCUUUUUGUAUAUGUUGAUUAACAAAAACAUACAAUACUUGUACCUAAAAGUGCUUUUUUUGUUUGUUUCAGCUACACAAUUGUGCAAUGGGUUAAGCUUUAGCUCAACAGAUGCACAUAAAAUACUCUUUACUUGUGUAAUCUUAAGCCAGGCCAUCUGUGUCUAUAUAUUUUUUCCUUCCUUUGAAAAUAAAAUCGAUUCACCGCAAUGUUUUCACUGCAGAACUUUGGGAGAAAGCAAGAGUACAAUUAAAGAAGCUUGUGAGGUUUUGUUUUUUGUGAAAAAUACCAAAAUAAACACUGGAUUUUACA